AUUUUACGUUUCUAAUGCGCUUUUUGGGUAUCUACUAAACCUAAAUAUUAUGGAUAGCCUCUACCGUGUGGUAUGCAGUCCUGGUGUUGGCCUUUUAUGUUUAGACAGCAGUUCAAGUCUGCCCAAAUGUAACCAGCAAAUUUUUUAAUACUUGUAGAAUUUAGAACCGCUCACAUUAUUGCCGUUAGCGGUUUUAUUUUAAUUAAAAAAUAAAGAAAAUGGAUCUCGUACCCGAUCCUAAAUGGACCGAUAUCAUGAGAAUUAGUUUAUAAACCAACGUGAUUUGGGAAUUAGUUCACUAGUCUAGACUGUUUGAUGUAGGUAUUUUCCCCUAUGCACUGUUAUUAGGAGAUAAUAUUUGAAGAACAUGGACUAUUAUGAAUCUAUAAUUCACCAAAUGGUGUUUAAAGUUAUUAUUAAUAAUUAAUAAUAAUGAUCCAUGAUUAAUGAUUAAUGAUUAAUGAUUAAUGAUUAAUGAUUGUGCUCACUUUCCUGUAACUUUGUCUAAAAUUAAGAAAGAUACUUGUGUUUGUAGAAACAAGUACUGUACUUAUGUCUGUAGUACAACAUUUUAGUUUUUGACAAUUGCAUCACUGCUGUCCUCUCUCUGUAGACUGUAGUCUGUAAUUUAUACAGUAUGUUAAAAGUUUGUACAAUUAGCAGAAAUUUAGAGCAAGCUCUUUUCUUGAAAAUUGAUUGCCCCUCCUUUCUCUUUUCGGUUGUUCAUUAUGACUCAACCAUUCAUGGUCUUAGUUAAAUAGAAGAAAAUUAAUAUCUCAGAUAUAUUUCUGUAACGGCAACGUACUUGUUCGAUAAAGAAAACUACUGCAACAGAUUAAUUGUUCGUGCUUAUUUUCUGUAUCAAUUGGAAUCUAGAUGAUCCGAGAUUUCAGGUUGUUUUCUUUCCUAAUAAAAAAUUUAAUGAUUAACCUAUAUGGGUCCGGGGUAAUAUUCAGAAGGUUAGUGUUUUGAAAUUGAAAAGUCUUAGCAUUGUACAUACACAGUCACAGUCCCAGUCACACUCUAUUAAUAGGUGCAAUGCUACCUGCAACCAGCCUACUAGUAGAGUAGUAGUAGUAGUAGUAGUGUAGUAGCCUAGUCUCACUUGUAAUUCAUUCAACUCAACGUCUCUCUUUCUAUUUCCAUUCAGUCAUUCAUUCAGAUUUCACACUGAUUCUCUCUCAUACACAACCAAUUAACCAAAAUCAGUGUUCUUAAGAAUGAGUUGGCUAGCAAAGAAAGCAAUGUUAAUGUUGGUCCUUGUUUUAAUCGGAAUAACAUUAACAAGUGGUGUAAUGAUGAUGGAGACUGACAAAAUAACAAGAUUACCAGGGCAGCCUCCUGUCGAUUUCCAGCAUUACUCUGGUUAUAUAACCAUUUCUGCUGCUGCUGCUGCUCAUAAUCAACAACAUCAAACCAACCAAAAAGCUCUUUUUUACUACUUUGCUGAAGCUCAAAUUGAUCCUCUUACUAAACCUCUUGUUCUCUGGCUUAAUGGAGGACCUGGUUGUUCAUCACUUGGUGUUGGUGCUUUCUCUGAAAAUGGUCCUUUUCGCCCUACCGCUAAUCGCCUCGUUACCAAUCACUACAGUUGGAACAAAGAAGCAAAUAUGCUCUACUUAGAAACCCCAGCAGGAGUUGGAUUUUCUUAUUCGACUAAUCUUUCCUUUUAUCUAACUGCAAAUGAUCAUAGCACAGCCAGGGACAAUCUCGCGUUUCUGCAAAAAUGGUUUCUCAAGUUCCCACAUUAUCAGAACAGGAGCUUGUUCAUUACUGGGGAAAGCUAUGCUGGUCAUUAUGUUCCCCAACUUGCUGAACUCAUGCUUCAACACAACAACAACAAGGAAAACAUGUUCAACUUGAAAGGAAUUGCAUUGGGUAAUCCAGUUCUGGAGUUCGCAACUGAUUUCAAUUCGCGGGCAGAGUUUUUCUGGUCUCAUGGAUUGAUAUCUGAUUCCACUUACAAUGUGUUUACUUGGGCUUGUAACUAUUCACGUUAUGUGGGGGAAUAUUACAGAGGAUUUGUGUCACCAAUGUGUUCAAAGGUGAUGAGUUUAGUAAGCAGAGAAACCAGCAGAUUUGUUGAUAAAUAUGAUGUUACCUUGGAUGUUUGCUUGCCUUCUAUAUUCUCUCAAUCCAAGCUCCUUACUCCCCAUCAAGUUGGUGAGACAAUAGACGUUUGCGUGGAGGAUGAAAUGUUGAGAUAUUUAAAUAGGCGAGAUGUGCAAAAAGCCCUACAUGCUUCUCUUGUAGGAGUGAAUUCAUGGACUGUUUGUAGCAAAACCCUGGAUUACGAAAUGCUUGACCUGGAGAAACCAACAAUACAUAUUAUUGGAAAUCUCAUAAAAGCAGGAAUUCCUGUACUGGUAUACAGUGGGGAUCAAGAUUCAGUGGUUCCUCUGACUGGAAGUAGAACACUAGUUAAAAGGCUGGCUAAUGAGCUAAAACUAAACACAAGCGUACCUUACAGAGUCUGGUUUGUGGGGAUGCAGGUUGGGGGUUGGACGGAAGUGCACGGAGAUGUCCUAUCAUUUGCCACAAUAAGGGGAGCAUCUCAUGAAGCUCCAUUUUCUCAGCCUCAAAGAUCCCUUGUUUUGUUUAAAUCCUUUUUGGAGGGUAAGCCUCUCCCUGAAAUAUUCUGAUCUACUUGAUCGAAUCAGUAAGGAUAGGAAAACCCUAAAUGAGUAAAUGUAACUGUAAGUAGAAUAUUUCAAGUUAAAGGCAAAAGGCCAAUUUUAUCUUCA